AUGGCCCUUCACUCGCAUAUUGGUGUUCUAGCUUUCCCUUUUGGCGCACAUGCUGCUAUUCUCCUCACCCUUGGGUUUGACGACAUAAAAGUUUACGACGUGUGGGAUGGGAUGCCGAAAGGUGAAGCUUUUACCGGUAGUCAUUUGGAGGCCGUGCAGUUGUUCCUUAGUGCAACGCCGGGUAAUUUUGAGAAGGUUAUGAAAGAAGCAGAAGUGGAAAGUGGUAUGAAAAUAAGCUGCUUGUUGACCGAUGCCUUUCUUUGGUUUGCCUGUGAUUUGGCUUUGGAAAGAGGGAUCCCUUGGGUGCCGUUUUGGUCUCCUGGAUCUUUCUCUCUCUCUGCACAUAUGUACACAGAUAAAAUUUGGAGCAUGAUGAGAUCAUCCGGAGGUGCUGCAGAAACAGCAGAAAAAACUUUAGCAUUUGUUCCUGGAAUGUCAUCAGUACAUAUCAGUGCUUUGCCUGGAGAAAUCCUAUCAGAAAACUUAGAAUCACCAUUGGCACUCAUGAUCUACAAAAUGGUACAAAAGUUGCCAAAAUCAACUGCUGUUGUGGUCAACUCCUUCGAAGAACUUGAUCCCAUAAUCACAACAGAUCUGAAAUCAAAGCUCCAUAGUUUUCUAAAUAUUGGCCCUUCAAUCCUCUCAUCUCCCACUCAAUCCAGUGGAGAUUCAGGCCAGGAAUGUUUGUUGUGGCUCGAAAAACAAAGGCCUGCGUCAGUUGUAUACAUUAGCUUUGGCACAGUAUCAAUACCACAGACUACAGAACUGGCUGCAUUGGCAGAAGCACUUGAAACUGGUGAGUUUCCAUUUCUUUUUUCAUUGAGAGACAAUGCAAAGAAACUUCUACCAGAAGAGUUUCUUGAACGGACGAGUAAAUUUGGAAUGAUCGUGUCAUGGGCUCCGCAGCUGAAAGUUCUCGAAAAUCCUUCAGUUGGAGCUUUUAUAACUCAUGGUGGAUGGAAUUCUGUCUUGGAGAGUUUAUCAUAUGGAGUCCCCUUGAUUUGCAGGCCUUUUUUUGGUGAUCAGAAUUUGAAUAGCGCAAUGGCGGAGAAUGUAUGGAAAAUUGGAGUCAGAAUUGAAGGAGGCGUUUUCACCAAAAAUCGAACAAUUGAAGCCUUACAGUAUAUAAUGUCAAAUGACACAGGGAAGAGAAUAAGAGAAAACAUAAAUAAUCUGAAGGAGAAGGCUCAAAAUGCUGUUAAAUCUGAUGGGAGUUCAACUAAGAAUUUCAAAGCAUUGUUAGAAUUGCUCAAAAAUUCACGUGGGGUUUGA